GCCGCCGCACCGUGCAGAGAGCGUGCGCCCAGCCCGGGAGGCGUGUGUCCGGGGUCAGCGACAGACCGGAGCUCCGGAGAGAGACGGCGCGGCUGGAGAUCGGCUCGGAGCCCCGCGGGAGGAGCGUGCUCUGCAGGAGGCUUUCCAGGAAUUGGCAGUGGCCGGUCGCAGAGAGACCUGCCGGUUCCACACAGGCGCUGCCCCCGGGUCCAUCGAUCCCUACAGCAUGGAAUAACCUCUCUCUCCAGGCUUCAGGGGAAUAUUGAAAGUCCUGCGCGCCCAUGGUGCUGGAGGGCAGAGAGAUGGACGGGAUCGGGAACACCAUGCAGAAGAAGGCUGCGGAGCUGGAGCGGUUGGCCGAGGUGCUGGUUACCGGGGAGCAGCUGAGGCUGCGGCUCCAUGAGGGGAAGGUGAUCAAAGACCGCAGGCACCACCUUCGAACGUACCCCAACUGCUUCGUGGCCAAGGAGCUCAUCGAUUGGCUGAUCGAACACAAGGAGGCGUCGGACCGAGACACAGCCAUCAAGAUCAUGCAGAAGCUUUUAGAUCAGAGCAUCAUUCACCACGUUUGUGAUGAGCACCGAGAGUUUAAGGACAUGAAGCUGUUUUACCGCUUCAGAAAGGACGACGGCACAUUCCCGCUUGACAGUGAAGCCAAAGUCUUCAUGAGGGGCCAGAGAAUCUAUGAAAAGCUGAUGAACACAGAGAACAACCUGUUACAGACCCGGGAGGAGGAGGGCGUCUCGUACGAGCGGACACUCCUGGCCUCGGAGUUCAUCGACUGGCUGCUGCAGGAGGGGGAGAUGGCGACCAGGGAGGAGACGGAGCAGCUGGGGAGGAGGCUUCUGGAACACGGCAUCAUCCAGCACGUAACCAAUAAGCACCACUUUGUCGACGGGCCGCUCCUGUACCAGUUCAGGAUGAAUUUCCGGCGGCGGCGGCGGCUGAUCGAGCUCCUUCAUGAGCGCGGCCGCAGCAUCCCCGAGAGCCACGACAGCCCCUUCUGCCUCCGCAAGCAAAACUCCGACGGCAGCAACACCAGCUUCCUCUCAGUGAGUCCCACUAAAGAGAUUAAGGUGGCGAUUGGCGUCCGCCGGAGCAGCAUGAGCAGCAGCUGCGGCAGCAGCGGUUAUUACAGCAGCAGCCCGACGCUCAGCAGCAGCCCGCCUGUCCUCUGCAACCCCAAGUCUGUUCUGAAGAGACAAGUGAGCCCAGAAGAGCUGCAGACACCAGGAGGACCAUUUAUCAAGAAGACAUUCACUAUUGUGGGCGACGCCGUGGGAUGGGGAUUCGUGGUGCGAGGCAGCAAACCCUGUCACAUCCAGGCGGUGGACCCCGGCGGUCCCGCGGCUGCUGCCGGUAUGAAGGUGUGUCAGUUCGUGGUGUCGGUGAACGGGCUGAACGUCCUCUGUCACGACUACCGGACCGUCAGCAACCUGAUCCUGACCGGACCCAGAACCAUCGUGAUGGAAGUGAUGGAGGAAGUUUAAGUUUGCCACCAGAUGAAACCCAUCAGGAAUAACACGGGGAUGAGAAAGUUCUUUUUUUUUUUUUUUUUUGUCUUGGAAACCAUGACUGGAAACGUAACUCACACCCAGCAUUGUGUGGAGAAGAAGCAUGAGAGAGAGAGAGUUUAUUCAAGCUGAGCGAACGAGUCGGCCCACAGAGAGAACAUGCCGGCUGUUGUUCUGGAUUUUAUUUUCUUGGGAUUUAAAGGCACGUACGCAAAGAGGAGAAGAGAAACCAGACUGUAGUACACGGUGCUACGCAUUUCAGAAAGGUGAUCUGCGUGAGGGUCACAACAGAAUCCCCCUGUUUGUUGUUUGAAUCGUUUCGGGAACCUGUGGCGGAUCGUGAGAGAGUGUCGGAGUGAUAUCGGAGCAUGUGUGCCAAAGUUUAGCCCGAAAAUGAACAAGUAAAAGCUGAAACUGUUAAAAAAAAAAAAAAAAAAAAAAAAAAAAGGAAGGAUCCUUCAUCAGCACUGGGUGACCUCUCCUCCAGUUAGUGUCUGGCUCUCGGCCGUGGUGGUUCAGCGUCGCCCUCUAUCGGCGAAGACACGGAGGAAGACUUUUACAGCCGCAGAUUUUACAAGUCCUUGCUGUCGGGGUGCUUUGAUCUUUGUUUAGGAAGCUGAUCUGUAAAAAUUCCUGCAGUUAGUGCAGGAGAACCAAUAAUGAUGGAAUGGUUGUGGAGGUGUGUUUUCCCUGCUAGAAUCAUGUUUGCUUACGAGAGACGACAUGAGGCACAGUGUAAAUAAAGCUACGGAGGACUUGAUGCACAACGUGAAGAAAAAGCUCUGAAGCAAAACUACUUAUAGAUGAAGUCUUAACAAUCUGAAACUAAAGUGUUGCAGAAAUGAUCAUUUGUUAUUGAAUUUUUCAGUUACUGGAUUUCUUCAGUGACACAAAAUGUCAGACUUAAAAGUUAAAAAAACAAAAACAAAAUCCUAAAUUUUAUCCUAAAGAGUUGUCGUCCAAUCUGGACUCUUUUUCAACAUUUCUGCAUUCAUUCCUUUAAAAAGCUGCAACAAUAAACGUGUGAUGAUACGAGUGCCAAAUAAGACCCUAAACCGUAAUGGGAGCUAAAGAAAUGUCAAAGUUUAAUCUAGAAAGCUAAUUGUGUUGAUUUUCUAACAUUUUCUGUGUAUUCUCUGCCGUCAGAAGAAGAGUAUCAUGACAAUGUCAGCACUUGAACAAUCGAUUAAAUCAAGACUUUAAUUGAUGAAAGCACUUGAGUGACAGAGGCUUUCUUUGUCAGCGGAUUUGGACGUGUGAGUGUUCCUAUAGAUAAAGUGUAAAUAAGUAGUGAUUUACAAUCUGACGUCUUUCAUUUUAAACUAAUAGAAGCAAUGACGUCCUGCCUCUGAAACAUGUUGUUGAAAUACUACAUCUGGAGUCAUUUCUAUUCAUAGUGGAAAUUUGUGCUGUGAAAUCUAAACUUUGAGGAAAUCACGAUUGUAUGAGAUGGAUAAAGAGGUGGGAAUUUGGAAAAGGGCACUGAAAGGUUUGUAAUAUUUUGAAGUAUUAUAUGUUGGGAUGGCUGGCAGAUGUCAAAACAAAGAAAAAUGUAGGUAGAAGGAUUCUUAAAAAUGACAAAAAAAACUUUUAUUUUCUCUCUGGCUUCCUGUGAUUUUUUGCCAUAAAGUUCGUUAAGUGGCAUUCUAUUUCAUUUUUACCUCUUACAAAUACAAGGUAAUCAUUUUUUACAAUAGAAUUGAGGGCAAAAUUGAAAACGGAUCAUUCUCGCACCUAAAAAUUGACAGAAAAUAUAAAUUUAGUGUGUGACUGGGAGGAAAAAACUUAACGUUUUUCUUUUCAAACUACCUAAAUGCAGAGCGUCAGUUUGUCUCUGGCCCAGAUGUUCCUAUCACUGUCCAUGUUUGGUUUUCACAGGGUAAUAUCCUCCUCAUCAUCAUUAAAACUGCAGACUGUGGAAAAAGAACCAUCACUUCACCAGCGCAGCCUUUCAAUGUAACCUUUUCAACGCUCUGCCAAGCACAAAAUUUAGACUUUCAGCAGCAAUUAAAAUGAACGUGUCCGGGGCCUGAAGUGACCCCGAAGAGAAGCUUUUUGGAAGUUCGCUGGACUCCGACAAACUCGACGCUCCCAGGAAUAAAGUACCUCUUUCCACGCCGUCAGAAUUAAGCUUACGUUUCUGAACUGUGAUUAGACCCACGCGCAUGAACCCGCUUUUUGAUUAGAGAGAGAGAGCGUGGAUGCUCGCACCUUCUAUUGCUCGUGCAGUUCGUGUCUGUAAUCCUGACUAAGUAGCUAAGUAGUUUAGUCCUGAAGUGAACGUUUUACUGACAUGUUCGGCACAGACGCAGCCACCUGAACGUUCUUCCCUGUUGAGAUGGACCUGCAGUAUAAUCGGCCCAAAUCUCCAGUGGAAAACGGUCGAGUGAAUCUGUGACGGUGAACUGCUGUGUUCUGUGUUUCCUGUGCGUAGGUGUAGCGUUGCAUGAGUGCUGUAAAUAUGUGCUUAUGUAGAUAUGUCUCCUGAUCCAAAUUGCCACCUCGACUGACUCAUCCGGCAAGUUUUCACAUGUAAAGUAGAAUUUAGCUUUCAGAAGUUUUUGAUUUUGACUCACCUGCACAGCUGCUGGAUUUCCUUAAAGCGGUAGUCUUUAAAGGAAGCAUGUGUUUAGCUAACCUCAGGUUGUUUGUGGCACAAUGCAUUGAUUUAUUCAUGUGUCGGAGGGUAAGUGGGCUUCACCUCAUUAAGAAUGUUUCUGAUUUAAUUCCACACUCGAGGGUCUGGAGUUUGCAUGUUCUCCCCAUGCCUGCACUUUUAAAGUUGGUGCUUUUUGUUUUCAAGCUAACAUCUAUAUGAAAACAGUUUAUGGCCCAAGUGUUAGUUUUCCUAAGGUAAAAAAAGAAAAAAAACCUGUGUUUGAGCAUUUAUGGUAUCCCUAAAAUUGCUUUGUAAUGAUUGAUCUCUCUGCGUUUCCUCAUUAACGGCUUCCUGCUCCCACUGUCUGCUGGAAUCAGGUCCAAACCCUCGGCUGCAUGAAGCACUAUCGAAGAUGAUACUGCCAUAGUCUGAUUUUUAACACAAAAAGUGCAAGCUAUUGAAAUUUUAUCCCAAAGCUUCAUGAAUCACCCCCCUCCUCUCUGUAACCCACUGCCCUAUAAAAAAAAAUAACAGAACUUGAUCCUCUGCAUAGAGAACCUUAUCAAACUGUUUACAGUUUAGUAUCUACUAGUUCACAGUCACAUUUUGGUUCCAGUUGUUGGAUCUUUUCAGACUUUUACCUGAAUCCUUCCACACUCUAAUUCCACAAAUACUCACAACAAAAAAGUCUGUCAGACAGUUAACAUCUGCUCCCAGCAUGUAUUCAGUCUCCAUGCUUCUACGAUUAAAUGCUCUCGAGCAGAGGUGUCCAAACUGCUUCCGCCUAAUGCUCUGCAACACAUUUUAAAAUCUCAUUUGAUUGUUUUGAUCUGGGGUUUUACUCUGUUUUGCAUAAAACGGCUUUGCAGCAAAACAAGACCAUUUGACGAAAAGUGCUGCUGCAGGUGAACAAAGAUGGUGAGAACCAAAGUAAGUGAGUGCAGAAAAUCGCCUGUGGCCUUGCUGUUGGUGUGUUUCUCUGGGAAGCGUUUGGACGCCUCUGCUCUGGAGCGACAACCUCAGUCCUUUCACCUGUCGGAGGGUCGUGGCUGAGGGGGAUUUUGAUGAAGGUAAUGUGAGGAAGUGUGUGUGUAGAGAGGGUGAUGGUCACAGAAAUAUGCAGGAGUGUAGGAGGCGUGUUUGUGCCGGUUUGGCUGAGACGGGUUCACCGACGUGUUUGCCUUACGAUCUGUUUCUGCUGCUAGUCAAGGCUGAUGGUCACCGAUUCUCUCCUCUCCGCUCUCAGCUUUGCGAUCUGAGUUUUGCAUCAGUAAUAACGUGUUCUACCGGGUCGACCUGCUUCAGUUCUAUCGACAAUCAGUGUUUUACAGAAACUACCUUUUAACAGGUCAGCAGUGUUUUCAAAGUCAUGAUCUGAUCGAAUGUAUUUCACCGCUCUCUUCUACAACGUGCCGUUUUAUACUUCAGACUUCAAGGACUUGUAUUUUAAAAGGGAUUCUGUGGCUUUGUGCCAACAUCGUGAGGCCAAACUUCAGGGGCCCAAACGUUUUCAGCAGGUACAACUGUGUGUUUAUUUUUUUUUUCUCCAUGUUUUCAGGACGAAUAUUGAGUUUCACAACUUAAAAAAAAAAAAGCUCACAGUGCCAGUUUGCUUUGGACAUUACAUCGAAAUGUUCUAAUGUAUUAAAAAGUUGAUUAAGUGUUCAAUAAACAAACUGAUUUGACUCUGUGCU